UACCUCAUUUCCAUUUCUUUGAACGAUUUGAGAAUCUCGAUUCCUCAAUACCGCCAAAAUGGUCCGCACCUCCGUCCUCAACGAUGCGCUCAACGCCAUGAACAACGCCGAGAAGUCGGGUCGCCGUCAGGUGCUCAUCCGCCCUUCUUCUAAGGUCAUCAUCAAGUUCCUGCACGUCAUGCAGAAGCACGGCUACAUUGGCGAGUUCGAGGAGGUUGACGACCACCGCUCCGGCAAGAUCGUCAUCCAGCUCAACGGUCGUCUCAACAAGUGUGGUGUCAUCAACCCCCGCUACCCCGUUCAGCUCCGUGACCUCGAGACCUGGACCACCCAGCUCCUGCCCUCUCGUCAGUUCGGUUUCCUCGUCCUGACCACCUCUGCUGGUAUCAUGGACCACGAGGAGGCUCGUCGCAAGCACGUUGCUGGCAAGAUCCUCGGUUUCUUCUACUAGACAAUCAAACCGACAAAAGUUAUGUCUUGUGAUGGAUCGGGAUGUGCUGGGGUGACUGUCAUGUACCGAUGAGGACGCUCGAUGUAAAAUUCGUGGCGGACAUUUGAGGAUAUACCCUGGCAGAUGCGCUAUAGAUAGAUGCCGAGUCAAUCCAAAGUCAGUCGGCUGUUCCGAUUAUUC